GAGGAAUCAGACGAUUUGGUAAUCAGGUUGAAUUAUAAGAGGGAAGUGAAGGAAUCGUGCUGAACAUUGAACUGAACAAGCCAGCGGUCGCUGCUAAGGCUGUCACCAUGGGGGAGUGGUCCUUUCUAUCUAGCCUGCUGGACAAAGUGCAGGCCCACUCCACAGUAUUUGGGAAGGUAUGGAUGAGCAUCCUCUUCCUCUUCAGGAUUUUUAUCCUGGCUGCUGGAGUGGACAACAUCUGGGGAGAUGAACAAUCCAGCAUGGAUUGUAACAGCAAAAGUCUUGGAUGCAAGAACGGCUGCUACAACUGGUCCUUCCCUUUGUCCCACACCCGAUUCUGGGUCCUCCAGAUCCUCACCGUCUCCACGCCAACGCUCAUCUAUCUGGGUCACGUCCUGCUGGUGAUCCGGAGAGAAAACAAGAUGAGAAGACGCCAGCAGGAGAAACUUGGAAGAAACGGGAUAAAUAAAAUUCCAAAGUAUUCCAAUGACAAGGGCAAAGUGCAGUUGAAGGGUGUCUUACUGUUCAGCUAUUUAGUCCAGCUGGUGGUCAAGAUCAUUCUGGAGGUGUGCUUCAUCGUGGGCCAGUACUUCCUGUAUGGCUACAUCCUUAUGCCCACUAAGAUCAUCUGUCCCAUUCAUCCCUGUCCAUUACCGGUGGACUGCUUCAUUACUCGCCCCACAGAGAAAAGCAUCUUCAUCGUCUUUAUGUUGUCCAUGGCUGUCCUCUCUGUGGUCCUCAACAUCAUGGAGAUCUUGCACCUCAUCUUCGCUAAGAUGAAGGACAGGAAGAGGCGGGGCAGCCACUCAGUUUCCGAAGAGCUCAGCAGUCUGAAAAAACCAAUCUACUGUCCACCUGAGACCGCAACAUAUUGUUAGGACUUGGGACACUUUUAUAGGGGCUAGCAGAGCAUUAUGUCCACCUUAUCAGCAGUUAGGACAGAACAGCCUUGAAUCUAAUUAAUCUGUGCUGCUGAACACCAAAUCCCUCCUUCAUUUAACCAAGAACUGUAUUUUGCAUUUCUAAUGUGGACCAGAUCCAGUCUAAUGUGGACCAGAUCCAGUCUAAUUGAACAGGAUCCAGUCUAAUGUGAACAGGAUCCAGUUUAAUGUGGACCAGAUCCAGUCUAAUGUGGACAGGAUCCAGUCAAAAUGUCAUCUUUUCUCUAAAGGAAGGACUACUGCUAUAUGAAUAAAAUACAGUAAAUUCUGGCUUACAAACACUAAACCAGGGGUGUUCAACCUGAGGCUCCAGAGCUGCAAGUGGCUCUCUGGACCUUCCACAAUGGCUCUUUAUA